UCUAAUCAAAUUGUUGUUCUUAAUUGGAUUAAUUAGCAAGUUAGCAUUUAGGGUUGCUAUGAUCGCAUAUUUGCAUGUACAAAGCUUACCAAUUAAGCCCUGGUCAGGGAAACAAGUUUACAGAUAGCCAGACUCUUGGAGGCAUUAAGGAGGGUCCAAGCCCUGGUCAGGGAAACAAGUUUACAGAUAGCCAGACUCUUGGAGGCAUUAAGAACUCUGGCCCCAGCCCUGGUGGUGGGGGUCACAAAUUCACUGACGACCAGACCUUGGGAGGAAUCAAGGACUCUGGGCCAAGCGGUGGUGGUGAGGGUCAUAAGUUGACAGACAACCAGACACUAGGAGGAAUUAAGAACUCUGGUCCAAGCCCUGGUGAGGGAAACAAGUUCCCUGAUAACACUCUUGGAGGCAUCAAGGACUCUGGUCCAAGCUCUGGUGGUGAGGGACAUAAGUUCACCAAUAACCAAACACUAGGAGGAAUUAAGGACUCUGGUCCAAGCCCUGGUCAGGGACACAAGAUCCCUAAUAACACUCUUGGAGGCAUCAAGGACGACUCUGGUCCAAGCCCUGGUGAGGGACACUAGGAGACCCUGGCUUAUGCAUGCACUUGCCGCUCACUCUGCUUCAAUUAUCCUACAAAGGGCAUUUAUUUAUCCCAUUCUUUUGGUUUAUUAAUUUAUUUGUUGUUAUUUUGCAAAUAUCUUUGUCAGAUAUCUAUAACUUUUCCAGAAAGUGUCACACCUUAUAUUCAUUAUAUAUGUACUCAGCUUAUUUUCUAAUGGUGGAAUAAUUAAUAUCAGAGUCU